AGCACCAGCAUCGCCACCUCCGCGGAGGUCGCACGGCUGCUGGCCCUCGGCGCGUCAGUAAAGCCCGGGACAGACAGUCGAUCGCGCACACGGAGGGUGCGGGUCGUCCUGGGGGUUUCGCUUGUUCCGGUUCGGAUUUGGUCGGCUUGUCGCUUAUUUGUCAGCCCGUUACUUUCGUUCCCGCGCGGCUCUCGCAUGUAGACCACUCGCGCGACACGCUGUCGUCCAGUACGAUUCAACAGCUGGCGGAGGAGGUGUUAUUCGGGCGGGAUGUCGAGCUGAAAGACACUGGUAAACACAUCCGUUGGUUUUCGGUUUGAUAAGCUGCUCCGAAUGAUGUGGGCCGCGUCGCAUCGGUCUCGAGCGUAACAUCGUUAUCCCGGACUCUUAACUCGUGAUGCGAGACGCAUCGGAUGGAUCGAAGCGCUUCGUGCUGGUGCGUGUGGUGUCGGAGCGGUAGAAUUAUAUGGACUGAUCGAAAGUUCUUCAAUCGAAAGAAUAUCGAAUAAAUUCCGGAAUGGACUAUGUGAUACGAGAAGACGACGCUAGAUAAGGAGUUGGAUGUUACGUUUAGCUCACGCAUGUUGCGGCGUGUUGCGGCGAAUACAAGGCGAAAAAACCAAGAGGCACCGACGAGAGGCGAAAGAAAGGAAUCGAAAAAUUAUUCCUCCCCGGAUGAGUCCCCCUUCGCAACCGAGUCGUAGGACAGAGCGACGAAGACGCUGAAGAGAAUUCCGCGAGUCGGCGACUCCGAGGGGGCGGUGCAUCGAACCAUCGUACCCCGGGUGCCGAUGAUUCCGUCAGGAUCAUUCACUGCCGACGAUUCGAGUUCGUCGAUCGUCACCGGGGCGUCGUGUAUACGCGCUUGUCGCGCGGUAACGACGAUCAGUCGCCAGCUUGGCAGCUCAGCGUCAGCGCGGGCAACGCAUGCACCUGAGAAUGGAAGUAAGAGCCCGCUCGGAGCACAUCAGCAGCAGCAGCAGCAGCGUGAUAACAGCACCGAGUCGCUAUUUUGAAUUCGAGACGGCGAACGGGGAGCGAGAGCCGCACGGAGGGCGCGAGACUGGAGGUGGCGGCAAGCCGUACCGGAAGCAGUGGGAGUGGGCGGACAGCGGCGACGGGAUAAGGGUGGUGACGGCGGCGGUGGUGAGGAAAAGGGUGCAGGAGAGCGGGCGCAAAAAAGCGGCGGCGGCGACGGAAGGGCGAAGGACGAGCAAGGCGGCGGCGAACGGAAAAGGAGAGCGGAAAUCGAAAGCGGAAGAAAAGGAAGUAGAAGAAGAAGGGGGUCGUCCAUCGGCGGGAGGGCCCCACAGAUGCGGGGCCCGCAGGGGCGCGCAGUCCGCGGCGGCGUGACGCGAUGCGGACGUCCUCCUCCUCUUUGCCGAGGAAGAGGAAGAGGAAAGACCUCUCGCCUCCCGAUACCGUCCUCCUCGCCGACGACUGGCGACCGUCAGUUAAAUAUGUCGGUCGACAGCAGGGUUCUUCGCUUCGAUUCUCCGCUAUUAUUGCGUCGCGUCGAGCGCGACGCGACGACGACGGCGUUCCUCACCGAGGACGAGACGGUCCUUCAGCAUGUAAGAUUCCUGGAAGGCCGAGGGUUCAUCGGACUUUCAGCGAACGAUGCUGGAAGCGGGAGAGGCGAACGGGAGACAAAAACGACGGAAGCAACGAUGAGAGACGAGAUAAGCGGAGCGCGGAGGACAUCGCGAGUAAGGAGAUUUCUCAAGAUAGUGCCUCGUUCGACGGUACCAUCGUCAAGAGCAUCCUUCUGCUGGUGCUCCUCUGCGUCCAGUGCUGCCUGGCGGGCACCGAGGCCCUGGUCGGCACGCAAAAGUACUGCACCAGGACAGUCAAGACGCGAUACGGCAUCUUGCGCGGUGUCGAGGCCAGAUCGUCGACCGCCGUCGAGACCUACUAUGGGGUGCCAUACGCGACGCCGCCGCUCGGCGCGUUGCGUUACAUGCCUCCGGUCACCCCGACGCCGUGGCGUGGUACCAAAAUCGCCGACACCAUGCCGCCAGCCUGCCCUCAGCAUCCGCCGUGGAUGUCGCCGGACGAGAAACUGCCGUGGCAGAGACGCGCCUAUCUCAAGAGGCUGGAACCCGUACUGGCGAACCAGAGCGAAGACUGCCUGUAUCUGAACCUCUACGUGCCCAAACCUCCUCACGGUAGUAUCGCAGACUCGCUGCCAGCUCUCCUCCUCAUUCAUGGCGAUUCCUAUUCCUGGGGUGCCGGAAAUUCAUUCGAUGGAACCGCCUUGGCCGCUCACGGACGCCUCAUUGUCGUCUCCAUCAAUUUUCGUCUUGGUGUGCUUGGCUUCCUGAAAACCGGAUCGAAGGGAAGCGCGCAGGGCAAUUAUGGGUUGAUGGAUUUGGUGGCUGGACUUCAUUGGCUGCGCGAGAAUCUCGGCGCUUUCGGCGGCGAUCCUGAGCGACUGGCAUUGCUGGGUCAUGGCACCGGAGCGGCUCUCGCCAAUUUUUUAGCCGUCUCCCCUAUGGCGAAAGAGUUGAUCGGGAGGGUGAUUUUGCUCGGAGGCUCGGCUCUCUCGCCAUGGGCGGUCCAGCGAGAUCCGCUGAUGGUGAAACGUCGAGUAGCCGAGGAGAUCGGAUGUCCCGGCGACGUCGAAGCCGACGAUAUCGCAUCGUGCCUUCGUUUAAAGAGCGUGGAAGAGUUGCUGGCGGUGAAGCUGAAUCCGCCGAGAUUCACUUCCGGAUUUGCACCUUUUAUCGACGGGGCUGUUCUGCCAGCCACAGUCAAUCAGAAUUUUCAGCCCACUGCCUCUUCUUCGGGACUAAUGCCGAUCGUGCCCGGGCCCGGCUCUGAAUUCGCGGACUUUGGUAAUCGUGAUUUACUCUUUGGUUUGACGUCCGAGGAAGCCUGGGUAAAUUUCACCGAGCAAGAUAUACAGAACGGCUUCAACGAAACUAGGAGGGACCGCAUAUUGCGCACUUACGUCCGGAACACCUAUCGAUAUCAUCUGCAUGAAAUCUAUUCGACUCUCCGGAAUGAAUACACCGAUUGGGAGCGGGGUGAGCAAAGUCCCGUGGCGAUCUGCGAGGGCCUUUUAUCUCUCCUCGGAGACGGUCAAGUCGCCGCGCCGCUUCUCAGACUGGCUCUGCUUCACACGGCCUCGGAGGGACGGGGUUACUUCCUGCACUUCCAAUCCGGCGAACGACCGAGUCAGAGAGGCGAGGAAGUACCCUAUCUCCUGGGUAUACCUCUUCUCCGCGGGGAAGUCACGUCCGCGCCGCCUACCUUUGGCAACUAUACUCUCGCCGACGAGAAUUUGUCCAAGCUACUCGUGCAUUACUUGGCUAACUUUGUGAGACGCGGGGAUCCAAAUGGUGCGAGUCCCUUGUCCUCGGAGAACGGUUUGACGACGAGUCCGCCGUUCUGGGAUUCGUAUGACUCUAUAAACCAGUUAUACUUGGAAGCCGGUCACAGCCCGGAGAUGCGUUCGCACUACAGAGGCCAUAAGAUGUCCCUUUGGCUGAACCUGCUGCCGCAGCUGCAUCGGCCGGGCUACGAGAUCAACAUGCGACAUCACCAUCUCGCGGAUGGCACCAAUCUCUAUGAAGGUGCGGUACGUCCGCAGAGCACGGCCGUGCCUCUACCAGCACCCCCGCUACCCAUGCCAUCCCCCACGGAACCGUCCUCGAUUCUUACCGCUCUGUCGACCACGGAAUGCACCCCGAACGCGACCGUCGCGACGACCAUCACGCCUACAACCUCGCGAACGCUGCAGCACUCGAAUCUAGGCCCGGGUCCCAAUAAUCUUCUGCGCAAAUUAGCAUCCAGUCACUAUCAAAGUUACACCACGGCCCUUACAGUUACCAUCGCGGUGGGUGUGUUUCUGCUGUUGCUCAACAUCCUUAUUUUCGCGGGGAUCUACCAUCAGCGCGACCGGAACGUGUCCGGUGGCAGCGCCUUCGGCAACAAGAAGAAGGAGGAGCUGUUGGAGGCCGGUUGCUCCGGCAUAAAUACCUCGGGGAAACAGCGACUGCCGGCCUCUAUGAAUCUGAUGGACUCGCCAUCGAUGCUGCCGCCGCACAAAGCGAAGCUCGUGCAAGAGCUCGAACUGCAACUGCAGGAAUUUCAAUGCUCACCGCCGCCCGGUGGCGGUAAGCGAAUUCUGGAGCCGCCGUCGUACAGCAAGAGCCCGUGCAUCCAACGUACUCGUACCCCAUCGCCCUGCGUAGACGCUACUAUCGCUCGGAUGGACGAGGUCAGCGACGUUGGCGUUCGUCAUCACGACAGCGAGGACGAGAACGAGGAACUACCGGAACCGCCGCCCCCGCCCAAGGCUCCGGCGCCCAACGUCGGUCUCACGUGCCCCGGAAUCCUUCGGCAACCUGGGACACCCGGUAGCGCGAAAAAGCGCGUGCAGAUUCAAGAGAUCUCCGUGUGAUAGAGACGGGGGAGAAGAGGAGAGGAUUUCAGUCUCUUGAGGACUUUGAUGUUGAAGAGUGGGCGGUUUGCUGAGAACGUGAGGGCGCAACGAGAGAGACAAUGUCGAUCGAGAUCAAGUGUAGCGAGGAGCGUCUUUGAACCCGGAUUAUAAUCGGAUACUCGAAGCGCGAGAAGGUACGCUCUCUCAGUCACUGUCAAAGCGAAUUUCGUUUUUCUAAUGAAAUUUUAUCGUUUUCUUACAUUAUUUUCUUGCUUGAAAAGGAAUGAAUAUAAUGCUCUCGUUGCGAUGCGCAUCGGUUGACUCGUACAAAAUGAAAAUGCGAUCGCUCUCCGAAAUAACGAUCGCAUACAACAUAAUAAUAAUUCUCUUCUCGAUACUCACGCGUUCUUGUUCUUAAAGCUUAAAACUAACUCUAAGAAGUGCGUUUAGUUUACGAUCAAAUUUAAUAUUGUUCGCAUCAUCUUCGCUACGAGUGAUGCCGACGUAUCCGUAAUACUUUAAAGAGAAAGUGAAACAAUUUUUACUCGCUGCAAACGAAACGUUGUACAGUGUGUCGUGUGCAAGUGUUAGAAAAUGUGCUUUGUCGAGGAGUUUCUUACUGAAACUUUCGGGUUGUGAUUCGCAUCUUCGCAUCCUCACGAUUCGGUGAAUGCGAAUACCACGGAACAGACAGGAGAUUCCUAGUGGUCCUUUCCGAGACAUGAAUCUUCGUCCGUCCAUCAAGGACGAUAACGUCUGAUAUACUUGAAAUUCACAAAAGUUCAGCCGACACUCGUUCAUUGACUCUUCGGCUGGGUUCGGUCGGUGGUUGUUGCGUAAAACGGGGGAUUGAUGUAAUCUCAGGAAUAAAAAAAAAUGCAAAGGACAUCACACACAUCUCGCGGCAGGAUAUGUACGGUAUCUGUCGUGGUGCUAACGCGGGCUAAUUCAGUCCGGAUCUGCCAUAAUACUAAAUGGAAUUAAUCGAGGAAUUGGUAGUCUUGGACUUCAACUUUUAGAUUCAUAAAACGAGGAUGACUAACUAUCGACAUGUAUGUGUGUGAAGGAACGUAUAGCAGAGAGAAUAAAAAGAUGGAGGGAAAAAGAGAAAGAAGAAGGGAAAGAAAAUGAAUUCUGUAAAAUGAUGACUCUUGCUAGUGUAACUGGGGCGUAUGUUUGUGUGUGCGUAUGUAAUCUUAUACAAGGAAUUAGAACACGUAUGAGAUGCGAGGUAGGUCUAAACGGUUUAAUGGCAACGGGGAGUACUUGAGAAGAUGCAGGUGACUCUCCAUACUUGUUUUAAUAAUUGCCGUUAUGUAUAACGUAACAUUGCAUUUGUAAAGAAAAAUUCGAUGCGAUACGAAGUUUUAGCGUUUUAUUCAAAAAGACCGUAUAUCUGCGUUAUGCGUUAUAUACUCAAACAUUUUUAUGGCGUAUACAUUUGUCAGAACGUAUUGCGAUAUAAGUUUUCUCUAACUUUAAUAUUCACCUGGGGGUUGGAAAGAGAAAGAGAAAGUUGCACUGUUUUAGAAAGUUAUAGAUUUGCUACAACUUUUUGACGACUGCUAUAAAAAAAGUGUUUAGAUAAAGAGUUCCUACUUUUGACCAAUUGGAGAUUUGUCCUGUAACAUAAACGCUAUGAAUUAGUAGUAAAUAAAUAUAUUCGCG